AUGAAUCUUUUGAGAUCAGGUGACGUUGAAUUAAAUCCAGGUCCCGAACAGAAUGUGAACAAUCAGACCAAUUUGUCAGUGGAUUCCUCAACAUUGCUUAACUUUCGAUUAGGACAGUUAGGAUUGAUAGCUUUAGAUGUGGGUGGUGCAGGUGACUGCUUUUUUAAAGCCGUAUCACAUCAAUUGUAUAGUAAUCCCAGUCAUCACUUUCACAUCAGACAAGCUGCUGUCCAAUACCUCAGGGAUAACCCUGAACGUUUCAUUGAAAGCAACACUCAGAACUCAUGGAAUGGUUACUUGACAAAUAUGUCAAUGCAAGCAAAGAAUAAAGUUCCACCCCUUGCCAUAUUGAAUGGAAUGAGUUUUCCAAUAAAACCUGAAUUUUUUGACCUCAAUGAACUGGAAUGUAGGCUUGUAGCUCCAAGACUUGCAUUUCAAAAAUUAAUGCAAGCUCCAAGAGGAAGGCAAUUCAAAAUACAUGGAAAUGUUGUAAAUGUCCCAGCAGAAGUAACUGAUACUGUCAAUAUCUUACCAAGGUUACCCAAUGAUGCUGGUACAAUUAAAGUCAAUUUAAAGAGAAAAUUGCAAUACAAAAGCUCAGCAUUGUCUCUCAAUAUAAGGCCACAUAAAGUUGUUCAAGCAGCCAAUUGGCUAGUUAAUAACAGCACUCUCUACAAACAGGAAGGAAUAACUGUAAAUCAAGACUGGGGAGUAAACAGUUUAUUAGGUGAAACUAAUCCUGAAAAUCAAAAUGAACAAUCAGAAGAAAUACAAAACACCAGUAGCUGCAAUAAGCAAAGUAAUAUUAGUGGAAGUGAUGUCACUGAUAGUGAUGAUCAGUGGACUGAAGAUGAGGCAGAAAUACCUGCUGGUGUUACUGACACCAUGUUGACGAACACAGAAUUUGUUGAAGACAGUGAGCCUCAACAUAUAUUAAAUGUUGCACCAGGAGAAGGAACCAAACCCCUAAGUAUAUUCAGAGAUCAAUAUUCUGAAGAAUUAGCGUAUCCUGGUAUAUUCCUUGGUCAAGGGAAAUCACAAGUUGCUCUUAGGAAGUGCAAAGGAAAUAAUAGAUCUUUAAAUGCAGGACAGUUGAAAUGUGAAGGAGCAAUAGAGCGCUUGAUUCAUCUUGAUGAUGGAUUCCAAUUCUUGAGAGCAUUAAGAGGUUCACCACCAUAUUUUGAAAAGGCUAAGAAAGAUUUGUUUGCAAUGAUUAGACAAUUAGGACCAUCUUCUAUAUUCUGUAGUUUUUCUUCAGCAGAAACACAAUGGAUACAUUUCCUUCGAAUACUUGGCCAGGUAGUUGAUCACAAAGACUACACUACCAGUGAGCUUGAAAAUAUGACCUGGGAUGAGAAAUGCAGGCUUAUUCAAAGUGACCCAGUGACAUGUGCUAGACAUUUUGAUUAUCAAAUUAGUCAAUUUCUCACGAACUUUCUUUUUGGUAAAGCUCAACCAUUAGGCAAAAUUUCUGACUGGUUUUACCGAGUAGAAUACCAGCAGCGGGGCUCACCCCACAUACACAUGCUUAUAUGGCUUGAAGAUGCACCAGUAUUUGGAGUCGACGACAAUGCUGCCGUUACAGACUUUAUUGAUAAAAUAAUUAGUUGUCAGUGGCCAGUUGAUAAUACAGAAUUACAUAAACUAGUGAACAGGCAAAUUCACAGGCAUUGUCACACUUGUAGAAAAAAGUCAAAGAAUGAAUGUCGAUUUAACUAUCCACAACCUCCUAUGAGAGCAACUGAAAUUCUUUACCCUUUAGAAGCAGACAUGCCACAAAAUAAAAUAAAACAGCACAAAGACACUUGGAAAAUAAUCAACAAGCAAUUAAAUGAUAUGAAAGAAGGCGAACCUAUAACAUUUGAACAACUACUUGUCAAAUUAAAAGUUACUGAAAAUGAAUAUCGACUAGCUGUGAGGUCAUCGUUAAAUUCACCAACUGUGUUUUUAAAAAGAAAACCGAAUGAGUUAAGAAUAAACAACUAUAAUCCUGCUUCCCUCGAGGCGUGGAGAGCAAACAUGGAUAUCCAGUUUGUACUUGAUGUGUAUGCAUGUGCCAUGUACAUAGUUUCAUAUAUUUCUAAAGCACAAAAAGGAAUGAGUGAACUUUUACGACAAGCAUGUGCUGAAGCCAGAAAAGGAAAUUCUAGCAUAAAGCAACAAGUCCGAGACAUUGGAAACAAAUUUUUAAACAGUGUCGAGAUAAGUGCACAAGAAGCUGUUUGCAUUGUUUUACAGCUUCCUAUGAAGAAGUCUUCUCGUCAAGUAAUAUUCAUAAAUACCACUCCUCCUAAUGAAAGAGUUCAGCUUUUAAAAUCAAUAAAUGACAUUGAAGAAAUGGAUGAUGAUUGUGAAGAUGUAUAUACCAAUGGUCUUUUGCAAAGAUAUGCAAAACGCCCUUUAAGCCUUGAAUACUUAACAUUGGCAGAUUGGGCUGCAUGGUAUGACUCAUGUGGAAAACCAUAUGCAAAAAAAUCAUUCGAAAGAGAUUCUGAUAACCUUCCAUUAGAAACAGCUGAUGAUGAACAAAAUGACGAUGACCUUUUUGAGGAUAAUCUCAUCAAUCCCAAAAGUAACAAAAAAAGAUCAAAGGCUAGAAUUAUAAGAAGUGUUUGGUAUAACUGUGAAAAAGAUCCAGAAAAACAUUAUCGUGAAUUAAUAAUGCUGUUUACGUCAUGGAGAAAUGAGGACACUGAUUUGUUAGCUAACUGUUCCUCCUACCAAGAACGUUUCAUAAAUGUAAAAGAUAGUAUAAAUAAGCAAAUGAAACUAUAUGCUGUUUGCAGUGAAGACUUAGACAAAAUCCAUGAACACUUGAUUCAUCUUGAUGAAGACAAUGAUCAUUUUGACUCAAUAGCACCAUUUACACAAAACAGAGAAUACCAGGAUGAGGCUGAGGGUCUUCAAGAUUUGCAUCCUGACCUCAAUGAAAACUAUGAUUUAUCAGAAGAUGUUGGAAUUCCUUCAGCAAUAGAAACUAGUGAACCACUGAUACUAAAUGAAUUACAAGACCAAGAGUACAGACAAUUGGUGCAAACACUAAAUCAAAAGCAAAAGGAAUUUUUUUAUCAUAUCUUGCAUAUUGUUAAAACAUCAGACAAACCAUUCUACUAUUUCCUCUCUGGAGGAGCUGGAGUGGGCAAGUCCCAUCUGGUCAAAUGUCUAUAUCAAGCAGCACUAAAAUAUUACAACUCCAGAGCUGGUGAAGACUUCAAUGAUGUUAAAAUACUGUUAUUAGCACCAACUGGAAAAGCUGCUUUUGGCAUACAAGGUAAUACAAUACACAGUACCUUGGCAAUUCCAGCAAGCCAGUCACUAAAGAUUUAUAAACCUCUUGACUCAAGUAGACUUAACACUCUGAGAUGUAAACUUCGUGCAGUGAAACUAAUAUUUUUGGAUGAAAUUUCAAUGGUUGGCAAUACUAUGUUUAAUGUACAAAUAAAUAACAGAUUAAAAGAUAUUAUGGGCAGCAAAGAACCAUUUGGAGGUGUAAGCAUGAUAGCACUUGGUGAUUUAUUUCAGUUAGAACCUGUUAUGGAUGGUUAUGUGUUUAAAGAUAUGAACAACUCAGAAUAUCGAGCUCUUGCUCCCAACUUGUGGCAAGAACUAUAUACAAUGUUUGAAUUAGAAGAAAUUAUGAGACAAAGAGAAAGCAAAGAAUUUGCUCAACUUCUUAACAGGUUAAGAGAAGGUAAUCACACUCCAGAAGACAUUGCAAAACUUAAAGAGAGAUGCAUUUCAGAAAAUUGUACAAAUUACCCUAUCGAUGUCCCCCAUUUGUUCAUACAGAAUUCUAAAGUUGAUGAGUUUAAUAGGAGAGUUCACAUGGCUGCAACUGGUGAAAAGUAUACAAUUAAAGCCUUAGAUAGUGUUGUGGGUGCUAACUCUGCAGAACUAAGUGAUAAGAUCUUAAAGCAAGUACCACUUGAUCCUAGAAAAACUAAGCAAUUACCUUUAAACCUUCAACUUGCUGAAGGUGAAAGAACAGAAAUCGCAGUGAAUCUAAGGACUGAUGAUGGCAUGACAAAUGGUGCUGCUAAUAUUGUAAGGAAGAUACAAUUACAUGACAAAAACAGACCUUCUGGAAUAAUAUGGGUAGAAUUUGACCAAGCACAUGUAGGAGGAAAAACUAGACAUGAUUACAGGCACUUAUUUGUACAAGGUAUUGAACGCAAAUGGACUCCUAUCAAACCUAUCACUGCACAAUUUGCAGUUGGAAGAAACAGAACAGCUCAGGUUGUGAGAAAGCAAUUUCCAUUGAGACCUGCAGCUGCUAAAACCAUUCACAGAUCACAAGGUGACACUGAGACAAGAAUAGUAGUUAACUUUAACACCAGGAGAGCAAUACCUCACAUUCAUUAUGUAGGAUUAAGUAGAGUAACAACUAUAGAAGGGCUUUACAUAACUGACCUUUGUGAGAACAAAAUAGCUGUAAAUCAUGAUGUUAAAGCAGAAAUGCAACGCUUACGGACAGAAAAGCAUCUCCACUUUUCUUUAACUCCUAUUUAUGAAAUACAUGAACCUACUGUUAAGUUAUGCUUCCUUAAUUCAAGAUCAUUGCAUAAACAUAUAGAAGACAUACGCAAAGAUUUGAACUAUUCACAUACUGAUGUCAGUAUAUUCUCAGAAACAAGGUUAUAUACUUUAGACAGCAAUACUGCAUACACAAUUAGUGGCUACAGUUUAUUUAGAAAUGACAGUCAAUGCACAACAUGUAAUACCAGACCUUAUGGUGGAACAGCUGUGUAUAGUAAAAUAAGCUUUAUUCCUGGGUAUCCAGUUUGCAUGAACACAAAUGGCGUAGAAAUAACUAUUGUAAAACUUGAAAAAAUACCACAAAUUACCAUAAUAGGUGAAUUUGCACAUUUUAGAAAAUACAGUACUUAUGGACAACAAAGUCCGAAUUGA